CUAUAAAAACAACCCACCUGCGACCCCUCCACUACAUUCUAAGAAAAACAAUUUCUUGCUCUUCUUGUCUGAGUUUCCUUCAGUUUUCUCUUUCUUUCUCUGUUAAUUUAUUCAAUAACAAUGGAGUUUCACGAAGGAGACAAAGUAGAAGUAUGCAGCAAACAAGAAGGCUUUCUUGGGUCAUACUAUACAGCAACCGUGGUCAAGAAACUUGACCUCAACUCUUUCGCGGUGCAGUACACCAACUUAGUGGAAGAGGAAGACAUGUCAAAGCUACUGAUAGAGACUGUUUCUGCUGAUGAGGUGAGGCCAGUGCCACCAAGAAUCAAAUUUGGAAGUGGGUUUUCUGCGUUUGAUAAGGUCGACGCUUUUGAUAAUGAUGGGUGGUGGGCAGGCAAGGUUACCGGACAGAGAGGGCCUCUGUAUUUUGUCUACUUUGAGACAACAGGGGAUGAGAUAGCUUACCAUGUCUCAAGAUUGAGGAUUCACUUGGAUUGGGCUAAUGGAAAGUGGGUUUCUUCAAAAAACAUGGUUUCUUGACUGCCUACUAGCUUUAUUUCUUGACAAGGAAUGACUAUUCUACUGUUUGUAGUCUCUAGCCUGGAUUGGUUCUUCUUUUAGUAGUAGUAAUGCUUGAUUGCUCAGUCCAGUCUUGUAAGAAUCAUGAGGAUUGGUUUCUUGAUUGUUUAAUGAGUUUUCUUGAAUCAUUAUUUGUACUGCAAGAAUUAUCUAGUUGGAUUUCUAUAACUGAUUGAGUUUUCUCUUCUA